AUGUCACUAGCGCUACUGUUAUUCCUCCUUCAAGGGGUCUGUGCUGUAAUAGUGCCCUGGUUGGAUAACGACCCCUUUGCCGAGAGUACGGAAACACAUAAACUAGAUUUAGGAUACCCGCCGGUGUUGUCCCCUGACGAAAUUACCGAUGACACUCGCAGUUUGCCACACGAAGGGUUUGUACCGCAGUUUGUCAUAGAUAACUGUCCUCUAGUACAUCUCUACAGCGAAGAAGAGUAUUGGCCGGCAGACAUUUCCGACUUCGUCAGGCACUUCAACAUCCAGCUCUCAAACGGAUCAGUAUUACAAGAGCAUCCUCUUGACCUACAGGACCUCAAGUCUAAAAUUCAAGGACCUGCAGGCGCCAUCUCUGGCCGGGAAACAUACCUGAGCUCCGUGGACGACUUCGACAAGGAUCCUCGCUGGUUGCUCGGCCACGAGCCAGAUUAUGGUUCUGGUCAAAUAAAGAACGCACCAGCCAUUCUUAUUGUCGUUGACAAAGGAAACGGGUGGGUGGAUGCUUUUUGGUUUUACUUUUAUUCCUUCAACCUGGGGCCUUUUAUAAUGGGCUAUGGCCCGUGGGGCAACCAUGUUGGGGACUGGGAGCACUCCCUCGUGCGAUUCUUCGAAGGUGAGCCCAAGUAUUUAUGGAUGAGUGCGCAUGGCGGGGGAGGCUGUUACCGAUUUGAUGCCAUUGAAAAGAAGACUCGGGUGCAGUAUUCAAACAACCAUCGCACUUCGAAGAUUUUGCAAAGGCCUUUAAUAUUUAGCGCGAGAGGCACACACGCCAACUACGCAUCCGUGGGGCAACACGCGCAUGAUGUGCCCUUUUUCUUCAGCGCCCUGAGCGAUUUUACAGACAGGGGCCCUCUUUGGGAUCCAUCUCUCAACUACCUCGCUUACACCUAUAAUGGGACGGUUGUCACACCUGUGUCUGAUCGAGAGCGGGAGUUGGGAACUAAGUGGUUGCACUACAUGGGUCAUUGGGGCGAUAAACAACUUCCAUGGAGUGAUCCGCGCCAAAGGUGGUGCCCUGUCCAAUGGCGCUACAUUGACGGGCCCCGUGGACCACUCGCUAAGAAUCUUGGGAGAACCUCGUUAUGCCAAAGAAGCAAGUGGUUCAAUUUCUGGGGGGGCUGUCCUGCUAGGAGGAAAAUUAAGAGAGGACAGGGGCUAGAUGCGGAACAUAAUGACCUUGUGGGAGACAAUUGUGGGAUUCUACUUUAUAGGGUAAGACCCAAAUGGCUGCGUACACUAAUGAGAUUGAUAAUGUGGCGUGGUAUUGCAUGCUUCAUAAUGGAUUAUUUUACAGGAUAG